AUGGCCAUGUCUUGCGUAAACACGCAAAACCUGCUCGCCGUCGCCCUCGUCAUCAACCGCUCGCGCGACGGUCCCGCCUUUGUCUUCCACUGGCCCCCCGACGUCCAGCCCGUCAGCGGCAAUCCGGAGCCCGUCGAGGCCGAGGACCUCCUCCUCGAGCGUCUCUCUCUGCACGCCAAACGCGACGUCGGUGCCCCAGACCCUCCCACCACCCACCGCCAUCAUGACGACCAUCACCAUCUCAUGGUCGAGUCCGGCUCCCCGGCUGUGCCGUGGGAGCAUCUGGCCGGCUUCCCUACUCGCGACCUAGCCGGUAUUCUGACCCCGGCCCGCUCGUACCACAAGAAGCUCUUCCAGCUUUCACUCGAUCCCCUCUUGUGUAUCUCGUACCCCAUCCACGUCCCGGAUAAUGGCAAGUGGAAGAGGCCCAAGAAGGCCCGCGCCUCCAAGCAGCUCGACGACCACAUUUGCCCCCACGAGACCGAGGCUCCGCCGCCGACCCCCAAGGACAACCCCAAGAAGGAGGAGGCAGAUGACGAGAAGCGCAGCUCCAUGACCAUGUUCAACCUCGUCUUCAUCCUCAACCCCAAGAAGAACGAGGUCAAAGAUCUCGUCGACCUCCUCCACGGCAACAUUGUCAAAAAGGUCAAUAAGGCCUACAAGUACAGCCAGCAGCACAGCGACUUCAUCUGGAAGGAAUCGAAGCGCAUUCUAGCCGCCAAGGACAAGGCCCGCGAGGACAGAACAGGCAUGGGCUUGCUCUGGAAAGAGCUCUUGCACAUGUCGUCGCUCGCCGCCUCCGUCCACGAAAUCUACGAGGCCGUCUCGCAAAACAGGAUUGCUGCUCUUCACUUGGACACGGCCGCUGGGGUUCUCACACCCUCGGUCCAGAUUCCCGCCCCGUUCUACGUCUCCGACACUCCGGCUGAGCACGAGCAGGGUCAGCGGGGCCUCUGGCUGACCACGGCUAACGCAUUCCUUAGCCAAGACGCCCUCGAUGAGCCCGGCUUCCUAGACCGAAACUUUGCGCUGCUGCUCAUGGACGACGAAAAGAAGAUCAUAUCGGAGCUCCAGGCCGACAGAGACCCGACAACGGUGUCCAUGGUCGAGUUUGUCCGGCUCGCCAAGCCCACCAUGUCCUUCUACCAGGUCGGACAGAGCAAUGUUCUUACUCUCGGCCAGGUCCGUAAGUAUGCACAGCACUUCAUCUUUUGGCGCCGUGCCAUCGCCAUCCCGCCCCUCCACGCCCGCGACACAUACAUUGUGUCUCCCAACAGCGACCUCGCGCGCCUCCCAUCAGCGUCUCAGGAAUGGCAGCGGGCCUUCCCCGUCGCGCCACCCCUCCCCAACUUCCUCGCCGAGCUUUCCAUGUGCCCCAAACCGUACAAGACGUUUUGCCCGAGCAAGACUCAUCGUCCGCUCUACCUGCGCAUGCUGGCGUGGCUGAUGAGGGGCGGAUGGGUCACCCAGAUCUGCACGUUUGGCUACGUUAUUGUGUGGCCUGAGAUACUGUACGAGAUAGACUAUGAAAUCGAGGCAGAGGAGCUCGCCGCCGCCGCCGAGGAGGCCCGCGCCCAGGAAAAGGCCGACGACGCGACUUCGGCCCCCGACGACGGUUCUUCGUCGUCCCCGGCACUAAACCAACACCACCCCAACGCGCAACACUCCGAGGACACCACCGGCAACGUCGCCAAUACGACCGCCACGCCCCGUUCCACGACCCAGCACGCGGCCGAAAUGGCCCGGCUCGAGCGCAUCGCGCUCAAGGCCCACCGCGAGGCGGCCGAUAAGGCUACGGCGCAUGCGCGCAAGGCCGUGCCCGUAGCCACGGCCCACCCCAGCACAAACGACGCGCCGCACCUGGCGGGCAUCACACCGCACAUCAUCCUCGAUGCCAAGAAGACGACGGGCAAGGAGUCACGCUACCUGUCAGCCAUUGCGCGUCGCCUCAAGGACAACAAACUCAGGUCGGCCUGGCAGCUCACGUGCAAGUACUUUGACGGGCGAUGCGCCCUGGAGCGCAUCGCCCUGCAAGAGGACAUGAAGCGCAAAGAGGUUUGGACCCUUCUCACGGGCAUGAGCGAAUACUUGCUAUGCACGAGACACUGGUGA